GUCUUCCUGAUUCCUUUCCUUCCGACGGUCGAAAGUCCAGAUUUCGAAAUGACGUCCACAGAUGAGCUUCAGAAACACCAAAUGGAGACUAGCACGACCAUCGGGUUGCUGCCUGCAAGACCGUGACACCGAAUUCCACUGAUAGACCAAUAGCAUCACAGAUCACCGGGCAUUCGCUCUCGUUACUGCCCGCCUAUGCGCUCGCCGAGCCUCACUAUAUGUAACGGGACGCAGCGCGGGCUUCCGAUGCAUUCUCUCCUUUUUUCCACUUCGUUGUUCGUAGCUUGAGCGUGCCACGUCCUCGGCGGUAAGUUAUUCGACGCCAGGGCGUACUCGCGCAUCUGCGCCUUCAGGAAGGCAGGGUACCAUGGUCCAGGAUUUCGGGACCGGGAUUGGGCCCAAGCAGAUUGUACAUGAUUAUUUUGCGCCGGUGCUGUUGGGGACGGUGAUCAGCACCUUCCUCUAUGGCGUCAACAUCAGCCAGUUCGCAAAGUACCUUAUGAUUGGCAGGCGAGACUCGGUGUGGACACAGAUCAUAGUAGUGGUCUUGUUCAUAGCGGACACCGCGCAGGAGGUCGUGACGGUGUACAGCGUCUGGUACUUCUCUGUGCAAAACUUCGGCAACUACGAAGCUUUGCUCACUCCGGCGUGGCCGACACCCGUUGCACUAGGCAUCCUGAUGGCUAUAAUCGCCGCUACGGUACAGCAGUACUUCAUCUGGCGCGUGAAAACCUUCAGUCGGUCGUGGGCACUCUUCACGUUCCUCACGAUCUGCUCUUUGGCCUCGAGCGCGCUCGCAGUCGCCACCGCUGCCUUCUGGCUUGACGAUCCAAUGGACUUCACCCUGGGACUGCAGCUGAGCUUAGUCGACACUAGUCUCGCCCUUGCUGUCUUUGUGAAUGUUGUAAUCGCGUUCAUAUUAUUAUACUACCUCCUCAAGCACCGGUCCGGUUUCAAGAGAACCGACAGCGCUAUUCGCCAGCUAAUUGUAUGUUGUGUGGAAACACCUCUGUUGAAUGCACUCGUGUCGUUGAUCGACAUCAUUGUAUUCAAAACCACCAUCCCUACCGGUUACGUAUUGAUCGUCGCUCAUCCCAUGGGCCGCAUAUACACAUUCUCUAUCCUGGUUCUGAUUAAUUCUCAAGUAUCACUGCGCGAAGAAUGGCACGGAGUCACCGACCUCGACGCCCAUCGUCUGACCCGCAUUGGCAACGACCGCUUUAAUGGCAACGACCACUUCAAUGGCAAUGACCACUUUAAUAGCAACUCGAAGCUGAACAGCCCGAUCGAGCCCGUUCGCGUCGGUGUCACCAUCGAGCACCAUGCACAGGUUGAACUCGACCCGUUCCCCCGCAAAAAGGACCGCAAGAAUCGUGCGGGCUCGAAGCGGACGAAGACGGAGACCCCCUCGGGCGGAAGCGUCAUCAAGGGGCAUGGGCACGAACACGGGCUGGAGGACUUCAGAAUCACCGUGCACGCACUGAACCAGCGUCCCGGGCAGGACGAGAAAGUCAUAGCGUCAGUCUGAUGCUCAGAUGCCCGAGACUACAGUGCUGCCUGCUGGAACGGAGCUACCUCCACUCCCGAAGUGACCGCUAGGUGCCCGUACGAUCGCUCGCGACAGCGACAUUGGCAACGCGCCGAUUUAUCACCGGUGUUCUGCGCCACGUAGGCGGCCAGUGAGUACGUAGAACGAUGCGGUGUAUGAUGUGCGGACACGUAGAACGGACAGUGUGCUACUUCCUACUAUUGCUGACUAAUCGAAACACUCGUUUACCAUU